AUGUUUGAGUUGGAGCUUGCUGGGUGUGAUCGUGUCAUGUCUGCUGGUAUGGCGCAUGUGGGGAAAAUCACCACUCUGAAACAGGUUGAUCUGAGGCGCUCUGGGGUGCUGAAUGAUGGGCUGCAGCAUCUCACGUACCUGGUGAAGCUGGAAGAGCUGUUUUUCCUCUGGGAGGUGCAUCAACCAUUUCCUCCGAGAGAUGCAACUUUCGGAGGCUUGUCAACCAUCUCUGGAGACGCCUUGCCUUGUGCUGGGCUGGAGUGGGAACAGCUAGAGAUGGGAGCAGGAGCUGGUGAAGAAGACGAAUACGGGGUGGGGGAUACGAGUUGUUGGCGAGGAGGCGGUGGAAGGGGUUUUAAGGGGAGGAGGGAGAAGUGGAGAGAGAUGCGGAACGGUGGGAAGGAGAGGUGGGAAAAUGUACGAGUGCGAGCGCGCAGGGUGAUGAACAAGGAGAUGGAGGCAUGGCAGGGGGAGGAUCAUGUGGCUGGGAGAGAGUAA